UAAAAUAACAUGAACAUUGUCUAGGUUGGGUUGCCCUGUCGGGUGAUCUGACCUCCGCUUUGAUGGGCUUCGCAGCUACGGGUGCGGCGCUAGCGGGGUGGUGGUGGCGACGGCGCGGAUCGGUGGACAAGAUGCUCUUUCGAUUCUUUGUAAACGGUGAGCUUCUCUGUUGGAGGAGUUGUGCCGGCAUAAUGGUGGCCAGGCUGGCUCACGGGUUUUGUUGCUUCGUCGGCAGCGGCGGCUGGUGGUUCUUCUCCAUGGUGGCUAGGCUUUGCGGCGGGGAGCUUUGUCAGGGAGCUGUGAUUGGGCGCUGGGACUGGGCCUUUCUGGGCCAGACUUAGUUGGGCUGGGGCUAUGUUUUUUAUUUGCAGCUGUUUUUUUUUUUCCCUUUGUGGGAGAUAGUGGGCUUCAGCCCGAUCUAGGCAUUUGUUUGUGUUUGUUUUUUUUUGUUCUAGUUGCUAGUUAGGUGACAAACCUCGAUCACUUUUAACUCGAUCGGGUUUGUCUUGUCUAUGCUAGUGGGACCUCCUCUAUGAGCCUUUGUAGAAGUAUUUGGUUUCAACGUACACAAUGGCGUGCUCGGCAUUUGGAGUCAGGUAGAAUAGAUUGCCUACAGGGCGAGGUGUUUUGGUUAGCAUAGACUACUCUGAGCUUUCAGUUGUCAAAAUAGAGUAGUCUUCUGUACUAUUCUUUGCCCAUGAACUAGGGACACAUUAAUGUAUGAGCUCUUUAUCUCAAAAAAAAACAUGAACAUUGUCUUAUCAAUGACCCUCUAUUUAAAUAGCAAAAGCUGUGGAAACUUGUUGUAUCAAUUCAUCGACCACCAAUGAUAUCAUUCUACUCCAAAAUGGCCAAGUACCCUUCAGCUAGUAUUCUACUUGUGGCUCUAGUUUGUGUUUCAGGAGUUGCACAAACCAGAGGUCAUGAUAUUCACAAUGGUAUUUGCAAAUCACUUGUGGAGACACGAGGCUAUAUUUGCCAAGAACAUCAAGUAACAACAGAAGAUGGUUACAUUCUCGGGUUGCAGAGAAUUCCUUAUGGACGGUCUGGUAGAAAUUCAGCCACAGAUCAGAAGCCGCCUGUUUUGUUGCAACAUGGGCUUAUAAUUGAUGCUUCAUCAUGGCUACUCAAUCCACCGGAUCAGGCUUUGGCGUUCAUCUUGGCUGACAAAGGGUUUGAUGUAUGGCUUGCUAAUUCUCGAGGAACGGACUCUAGCCGUGGACACAAAUCACUUACUACUAAUGAUCCUGCUUAUUGGGAAUGGACAUGGGAACAGUUGGCUGCUUAUGAUCUUCCUGCUUUGUUCAAUUAUGUGAACAAGCAAACAGGACAGAAGUCACACUACGUUGGCCAUUCCUUAGGAACAUUGACAAUACUAGCUGCCUUGUCCCAACAAAAAUUAAGAAACUCAUUGAGAUCAGCUGCUUUGCUUAGCCCAAUUGCUUAUCUGGGUCAGAUAUCCACACUGUUUAUAAGAGUUACUACUCAAACAUUUUAUGCUGAGCAAUUCUACAUCGUUGGUGUCCGGGAAUUUCCUCCGCUACCGCCAUUAGAACGAACUCUGCAGACCAUUAUUUGCAUACAACCGGGCGUGGACUGUUCCAACUUUCUGGCUGCUAUAACAGGUCCAAAUUGUUGCCUAAAUCCUUCAAGUUUAGAUCUUUACUAUAAUCAUACACCACAAUCCACUGCCACAAAGAAUGCCAUACAUUUGUCUCAGAUGAUCAGAAGUGGAACCAUAAGAAUGUUCGAUUACACUCUUCCACUCACAAAUCUGCAGCACUACAAUACGUUUACUCCUCCAGUGUACAACAUGGCAAACAUUCAGAAAGACAUUCCUCUUUUCCUCAGCUAUGGAGGGAGAGAUGCACUUUCAGACGUCAACGAUGUGAAGACUUUGCUUAAUGACCUCAAUGAUCAUGACAAGGACAAGCUUGUCGAACAAUACAUAGAGGAGUAUGCUCAUUAUGAUUUCGUUAUGGGUGAGAAUGCCCGUCAGAAAGUCUAUGAUCCUCUGCUCGCUUUCUUCAGGCAACAUUGAGAUAGAUAUGAUACUUGCUUACUUUGUCCUGGCCAUCUUUAUGUAUGCUUGCCUCAGAGUGAGCCAAGAUUACCUACGGUAAUUUGACCAGCCAGAGACAUUACAUGGUUUAGACUAUCAGAGAGGUGAUAUUAUGUCCUAGUUUUUGCUUUUCAUAUGCCUAGCAAUACCAGACCCUUUCCAUAACGUUCUUUUCUUUGUCCCUUCUGUUAUGUUUAUCCAUUAUAUUAACAUCAAUUUCAGACUGAAUGUAGUACUGCAGAAUGCAGAUUAUGUUGCGCAGUGAUGUAUGUAUUAAUUCCCAAUUGAU